UAGAAUGUUUUUAUAAUUAUUUUUAUAAAUUGAUGUUACGUAUACAAUCAAGAUAUUUGGCAAGGGGAGUGGGCGCUUUUUUGAGAAAUGAAGCUGUUUUUCCACGACUAAAUUUGUGCGGUCCUUUGUCUUUACGUUUUUCAUCUACAGAUAAAAAAGGAUUUGACGACAUACAAAGAACUGUGAAAAGACUUCGUGAAGAAGUUGAAAUACAACAACUUGAUGAACCGAAGAAAUCGGUUAGUAGACCUUGGCAUGUGGAGACUGGCAGAUGGAUUGUUGACCACUUCAAGAACCCCAAAAAACUUUUGUACAUAGGACCAAAACUUUGGUACCUAGUACGUGACCUUUUCGUACAUACUUGGCAUGGGUUGCGUCUAUAUUUCCUAGAAGCUUCGAUUAGUUUAAAAUAUAUGAGAAAAUUGAAGCGGCGAUCAUUAACUCGAAGAGAAAGAAAUCAGCUUUUUACAACACUUGCUGAUACUUUACGUUUGGCACCAUUUAUGGUAUUUAUAAUUGUGCCAUUUAUGGAUUUUCUUAUUCCUUUUUAUAUCAAAUUUUUCCCUCAAAUGUUGCCUUCUACUUUUCAUGGAUUUGUUAAAGAGAAUGAAAGUAAUUUACGUCAAUUUAAAGUUAAAUUAAAAGCUGCAAAAUUUCUUAGAAACACUUUGGAUGAAAUUGCAGAAAUUAACGAGAAGAAAAUUGAAGAGGCUUUGGAUGAGAAGAAAGCUUAUGAAUUUUCACAAUUUUUGAAAAAGGUUAGAGAACAAGAAGAUGGUUAUGUGACAAAUGCUGAUCUUUUUAAAUUUAUCAAAUUAUUUGAAGAUGAAUUGACAUUGGAUAAUUUAAAUGAUUCUCAGUUACAAGCUUUAUGUCGUCUUUUGGGAAUAGCGAGGAUUGGAACAAAAGAAAUAUUGCGUUUUAGACUCCAAAUGAAAUUAAAAGAAUUGCAAGCUGAUGAUAGGUUAAUUGCUGCAGAGGGUGGCGCUGAAAUGUUAUCUAUAAAAGAGCUACAGGCAGCAAAUAAAGCAAGGGGAAUGCGUGCUUAUGGAGUUACUGAAAAAAGAUUACAAGAUCAGCUAAAACAAUGGUUAGAAUUAUCUUUGGAUGACAAAGUACCUCCAUCACUUUUAUUAUUGUCUCGUGCCAUGUUCUUUCCUGAAGAGCUUAAUUUUACCGAAAGACUUCGUUCAAUUAUUGCUUCUCUUCCUGAAGAGAUUGGAGAACAUACAACUUUAAAAUUGAAAGAACUUGAAGGAAUUGAUGAUCCAAAAACUAAAAUUGAGAAAUUCAACGUGCUAAAGAAGCUGAAGCAGCUUUUGAACUUAAAGAGCAGCAAAAGAAGGCUGAAGCUGAAAUUGAAUUGGAAGCAAAACAACAAAAACCUUUGGAAAUUCAAGAAGGAGAAGCUUCUAAUGAAAGUUCUAUUGAAGAGAUGGAUAAAAGAACUGAAUUUGGGAUUGAAGAUGAAAAGAAAAAUUUGA